GCUCGACCACUCUCCUUCAUCAGAGAGACGUCCUUUGCUUUCCAUCUUCUCGGUUGCGCUUGAGGUCGCACUUUUGAAACCUCACUUCUUGUCUCAGGUCUGCUUCUGGAGCUUGUUAGUUGUUUCCAGCCGACACUUGCGAUCCCAAGGACGAAGGGGGGAAAAUAAGGAACUGAAACUAUUCUAUUUGGAGUUGUGGUUCACAAUGAACGGUGAUACGUAUUCUGCCAGACCGGAGGCGGGUCGCUCUAGGGAUUACUACCGCGAGGAGCGUCGCGAACGUGGUGGUGAACGGCCGGAGAGACCGGAGAGAUCGGACAGAGGGGACAGACCGGAGAGAGCAGAACGGGGCGAGCGAGGCGAGCGAGGCGACAGAAGACGGUCCAGAUCGCCUCACUACAGCUCUCGGGGCGGCUCCCGACGCGAGUUCGAGGCCGACUCGUACUCGUCCAGCCGUGACUACCGCGCCCGAGAACGCGAGGACCGCUACUCCAGCCGCAGAGAAGAGCGCGAUUGGGAUCGGGAUCGAGGCGACCGCCGCCGCAGAGACUACGAAGACAGACCCUCUCGCCGCGAGAGGGACCGAGACCUGUUCGAGGAGAGACCCCGACGGGAGGGACGGGACCGGGGGGACCGUGAGCGUGGAGACCGUGCUGACCGCAGCGGUGGUGGUGGUGGCGGCGGCGGCGAUCGCGAGCGCGAGCGCGGCGGCGGCGACAGAAGGGAACGCAAGAGGAGUGCUUCGCCUCCACGGAAGAGGGAGCCUACACCCGACCUGACGGAUGUCUUGUCGGUCUUGGAUCGCAAGCGUCGUUUGACGCAAUGGGACAUCAAGCCCCCGGGCUACGAGAACGUCACGGCCGAGCAGGCUAAGCUCUCAGGCAUGUUCCCUCUGCCUGGUGCACCUCGUCAGCAGCCCAUGGACCCCAGCCGUCUCCAAGCCUUCAUGAACCAGCCCGCUGGCAGCAGCACCGAGACCUCCGCCCUCAAGCCUGCCAACUCCCGUCAGUCGAAGCGUCUUUUCGUCUACAACCUGCCUCCCACCGUCACUGGGGAGGCGCUCCUGGCCUUCUUCAACCUCCAACUUAACGGCCUCAACGUUGUCGAGAGUGUGGACCCUUGUAUCUCGGCCCAGGUGUCGACCGACCGCUCCUAUGCUCUCCUUGAGUUCAAGACCCCCGGUGACGCCACGGUUGCCCUUGCGUUCGACGGCAUCACGAUGGAGGAGCACGAGGCUGCCGGCAAUGGUGAUGCCAACGGCUCGCCGCAAGGGCUGGAAGUGCGGCGACCCAAGGAUUACAUUGUUCCUAGCGGAGUCGAGCAGGAGUACCAGGAGGGAGUUUUGUUGAACGAGGUUCCUGACUCGCCCAACAAGAUCUGCGUGUCGAACAUCCCCAACUAUAUCCCCGAGGAACCGGUGACCAUGCUUCUCAAGUCGUUCGGCGAGCUCAAGUCUUUCGUUCUGGUCAAGGACAGCUCUACAGAAGAGUCCAGGGGAAUCGCGUUCUGCGAGUACGCCGAUCCUACCGCCACGAGCAUCGCUGUGGAGGGGUUGAACGGGAUGGAGUUGGGUGACCGACACCUGAAGGUGGUGCGUGCCAGUAUCGGAAUGACCCAGGCCGCCGGGCUGGACAUGGGCGUCAAUGCGAUGUCCAUGUUUGCCAAGACGACAUCUCAGGACUUGGAGACUAGCCGUGUGCUGCAGCUGUUGAACAUGGUGACUCCUGAGGAGCUUAUUGAUAACGAUGACUACGAAGAAAUCUGCGACGACGUGCGUGAUGAAUGCUCGAAAUACGGCCAGAUCAUCGAGUUGAAGGUGCCCCGCCCCUCUGGAGGCAGCAGACAGUCCCCUGGAGUCGGCAAGAUCUUCGUCAAGUUCGACACGGUGGAGUCGGCCACGAACGCUCUGAAGGCGCUUGCGGGCCGCAAGUUCUCUGACCGGACCGUCGUGACGACGUAUUUCUCCGAGGAAAACUUCGAUGUCAACGCUUGGUAAUCGCACCGGUUGUUUUUGUACCGCGUCUUUCCUAAACUCUCUCUUCACGAUGCUUCUUAAUUGAUUUUAGGCAAGUCAUGCCCAAGGCCCGAAUUGGGAACAGCCGAUGCUCAAUACCUGUACUGGUUGUGGGAAAGGGGGGAGGAUCUCUAUAAUAGUGGCUUUUUUCGACCUAGUACUGGGUUACGAUGUAUCAUAGCGAGAAACGAUUACUUGGA